AUACUACCCAGACUACAAACGGAAACCAGAACCGUUCCGUUAACAAAGUCUUGUCCCGUUUCCAACAGAUGAUGCAUGCACAGGCAGAUAUGCUGCAUAUGUGUUUCCAUUGCUUAAGAUAGACAUUAGUAAUAAGCGACUACUAGUCGGUCUUUAUUUUUUGAUUGUUUCUUUACUUCAUUCGUGGGGCUUUUAUUGUGAAAACCCAGACCGGAAAAGGACGUAUUUUCAUCCGUGGGUAGAAAGAAGAAGUACUGAGAAAGUUAAGAAGUUAUCCUCUUUAUUACUAAUAUAUGUAAUAUAUAACAAAUGUAAACAUAUAUAUAGUAUUAUAAAAUAUAUAUAUCGUUUAUAUAUCAUGCUAACAGUUUAAAUCUUAUGUCAGUUCAGACUAAUUCAAUGGUCUGAAUGGUUUAACUUUUAUUUCAGUUCAGACUAUUCCAACAGUCUGAACAGUUUAACUCUUAUCUCAAUUCAGCCUAAUCCAACAGUCUGAACAGUUUAACUCUUAUCUCAGACUAAUACAACAGUCUGAAAAUGUUCUCUUAUCUCAGACUAAUCCAACAGUCUGAAUAGUUUAACUCUUAUCUCAGACUAAUCCAACAGUCCUAACAAAGUCAGAUCAAUAAGUCGUCUCUUUGUGGUGAUUAUCUUAUCACACAAGUGAUUUAUCAUAGGAAACUCCUAGGAUAGAAGAUAAAAUACAUUUCAGAAAGUUUCUACAACCUUAAAUACUCAGGUUAAUCUUUGUUAAAAUGUUUAGUAGUGAGUAUUAGUAGUUACUAAAAAUGUCUAGCAGGGAGUAUUUAUACUAGCUCACAUGUCUAGCAGUGAGUAUUUCUGCUAGUUCACAUGUCUAGCAGUGAGUAUUUAUACUAGCUCACAUGUCUAGAAGUGAGUAUUCGUACUAGUUCACAUGUCUAGCAGUGAGUAUUUAUAUUAGCUCACAUGUCUAGCAGUGAGUAUUUAUAUUAGCUCACAUGUCUAGCAGUGAGUAUUUAUAUUAGCUCACAUGUCUAGAAGUGAGUAUUCGUACUAGUUCACAUGUCUAGCAGUGAGUAUUUAUACUAGCUCACAUGUCUGGCAGUGAGUAUUUGUACUAGCUCACAUGUCUACCAGUGAGUAUUUGUACGAGCUGCCCCCUGCGGUCUGGUUUGAGUUCUGCCGGCUGAUGGAUGGACUCUCUGAGACGCAGUGGGUCCGCUUCGCCUCAGAGAUUCUAAGUGAUCAGACCGACGUGCGAUUGGCUGAGCGGAGGGAGAGGCGGACCGACUAUGUGAUAAACCAAUGGGCAAACAGAAAUGGCCAGGUGGGGGAGCUGAUUGGCUUAUUGGAGAGACAGCAGCUUCUUAGAGCCAGAGACGUCAUUCUGACCUGGAGAGCAGAAUCUGUCUCCAGGCUCCACCCACAUUCCAGUCAUUCUCAGUCAUACUCCGCCCCCAAACCUCUCUUGGUUACCUGCUCACCACCCACCAAGGCCCUAAUCAGAGCAGGUGAGGUGAUGGGAGGAGCCAGAAUGCUGCCUAAACCAGGACCACCCCCAAGCAGCCUGCAGUCUCGAACACAGCCCCCCAAACUGAUGAAGGUUCCAGCUGGGUCUGUCGGUGGAGCGGGGGGGAUGUGCUGGUCACAUGACGAGCUGGAAACAGGAACUGAUGGUUUCUCCCCCUCGAGGCUGGUGGGGGAGGGGGGCUUCGGGAGUGUUUACCAGGCCAGCAUGGGGGGCAACGAGUACGCUGUGAAGGUCCUCAGACAGGGCUCUAGUUUGCUGGACUGGUCUCUGUUGAAGGAGACUUUUAAAACAGAGGUGGAGAAACUUUCUAAGUACAGACACCCCAACCUGAUGGAGCUGGUGGCGUUCAGUAUGGCGCAGGACAGCUUCUGUCUGCUCUCCAGGUUCAUGAGCAAUGGCUCUCUGCAGAGCCAGCUGGUGGGUGGUGCUCUGUCCUGGGAGCAGAGGGUGGGUGUAGCAGCAGGAACGUCCAGGGCUCUACAGUACCUCCACAUCCCCCCCCCACCUCUCCUCCCCCUCAUCCACGGAGACGUCAGGAGCACCAACAUCCUGUUGGACCGUCACCUGGCCCCUAAGCUGGGGGACUUCGGGCUGGGGGUCUUCAGCCCGCGGAGUGUGGGCGCGGGGGUCCGGACCAGCAGCGUGGGGAGGACCUCGGUCCUCCGGGUGGCCCAGGCGUACCUGCCCCAGGACCACCUGCAGGACGGCCGGCGGACCCCCGGCCUGGACGUCUACAGCUUCGGAGUGGUAUUGCUGGAGUUGCUGACUGGCCGUAGAGCUGUGGAGACAGAGGGGUCUCGAACCCUCUACCUGAAGGACCUGCUGGAUGAGCUGCUGGAGUGUCCCGGUCUGUCACAGAGCGGCCCCUCCCAACUCUCCCACCUGGACCCCCGGCUCCGCCCCCAACAGCCCUCCAACCCAGGGGGCGUCACAGGCUCUAUGGAUGUUUCUGCACUGGCCUGUAGAUGCCUACAUAAAAACAGGAAGAAAAGACCAGCCAUUACGGAGGUGUCUGAUGAACUCCAGGACCUCCUCACCCUUCUGAGGAGCAGCACUAGCCCUCCCUCCUCCCUCUGCCCUCCCUCCUCCCUCCUCCCCCUUCCUCCCCCCGCCCCCUUUCAGACAGAGGUCAGACUGGGUGCUCUGGUCCGGGAUAUGGCUCAACUGGGAACACUGGAACACUCCUCCCCCUCCCCCUCCCCCUCCUCCCUCACCUCCUCCUCCUCUGUCACCUCCUCCUCCCUCACCUCCUCCUCCUCUGUCACCUCCUCCUCCCUCACCUCCUCCUACCUCAACACCUCCUCCCUCACCUCCUCCCCGUCUGAGCCCUGUGAGAGUGAUGAGAGCGUCUGUCUCUCCUCCCCCCGUCUCCCCCCUGGUGUCUCCCAGCCCGGACUCUACCAGUCUGGUGUCUCCCAGUCUGGUGUCUCCCAGUCUGGUGUCUCCCAGUCUGGUGUCUCCCAGCCUGGCCUCUACCAGUCUGGUGUCUCCCAAUCUGGUCUCUCCCGGCCUGGCCUCUACCAGUCUGGUGUCUCCCAGCCUGGCCUCUACCAGUCUGGUGUCUCCCAAUCUGGUCUCUCCCGGCCUGGCCUCUACCAGUCUGGUGUCUCCCAGCCUGGCCUCUACCAGUCUGGUCUCUCCCAGCCUGGCCUCUACCAGUCUGGUCUCUCCCAGCCUGGCCUCCACCAGCCUGGUCUCUCCCAGCCUGGCCUCCACCAGCCUGGCCUCCACCAGCCUGGCCUCCCCCAGCCUGGCCUCCCCCAGCCUGGCCUCCACCAGUCCUGUGUGUCCCCGUCGGGUGUCCCCCGUCUCCCCCCUGGCGCCCCGUCCAGCAGUAGCUCUUCUCCGUCCCGGGAGAGGAGCCCGGCCCCCUCUACCCAGGGACCUUCCACUGGCUCCUUCCUCCCCUCCUCGCUCCCUCCCUCCCUCCUGACCCUCCCGACAGAUGAAGAUCAUGCUGGACGCAGUGGCCCAGAGGAAAGUGACGAACUGGAUUUCUUGAACUGACCGUCUGUCUGACUGACUGUUCUGUUAGUCCGUCUGUGUAUCAUCAUCAUGUUCAUCCCAGCAAUGUAUCUCUUACAGCCGAUAGACCAACCUAGGUGAAAUCUUGUCGUCAUAAUAAAAUAUUCACUUUUACCACCAUUCACAUGUGUGUUAAACUGUUAUGCCAAAUAAAUCCCUUUUGAUUUAAA